UGGCUCCCGCACCACACUCCCUCCCCUGCAACCUGGCAACGCGCACCCACGUCGGCGAAGUGCUCGAUCACUGCCCCCAUUGCCGCCGGCGACGAUCACCCGCGAAGCCGCCGCCGCCAUAGACAAGCCUACAAGCUGAUGGCGAGGCCGCAGCAACGAUACCGCGGCGUGCGGCAGCGCCACUGGGGCUCCUGGGUCUCCGAGAUCCGCCACCCUCUCCUGAAGACGCGGAUAUGGCUGGGCACGUUCGAGACGGCGGAGGAUGCGGCGCGGGCGUACGACGAGGCGGCGAGGAUCAUGUGCGGGCCCCGCGCGCGCACCAACUUCCCGCUCGCCGACGCCACCGCGGCGGCGGCGGCGGCCGCCGCGUCCUCGUCGUUCCUCUCCGCCGCGCUCGUCGCCAAGCUCCACCGGUUCAACCUGGCGUCCGUGCAGGCCACGCAGCGGCAGAGGGAGGCCGCCGCCACCGCCGCCGCGGCCUCUUCGGCCUCCGCCACGACGCCGCCGCUCGGCAAUGCCGCCGCCGCCGACGACGACGCGCGGACCACCACGACGUACGGCGCGGAAUGGAGCGGCAGGUUCCUCGAGGAGCAGCACGUCGAGCAGAUGAUCGACGAGCUGCUCGACUCCAACUUCUCCAUGGAGAUCUGCUACUAGCACUGUGUGACACACACACACACACUCUGUUCUUGCACCAGCGAGCACUGCAUCCGAAUGCAUACGUGUUCUUUCAGUUCUUCACCACCACUAGUACGUGUAUAUUACUACCAAGUAGUAUCAUUAGUCAGGCUAUUUAGCAUCCAGCAUAGAGUAAAAAAAAAUCAGCCUUUAUUCAGAAUCCUGAUCUCGGAUUUGCUCUUGAUCAGCGUAUGAGAAUUCUUUUGAGAUAGUUGUUGCAUUUCCGAUCUUCCAAUCCGCAUUACAGUAGUUUAUGCACCAGUGCACCACCAAGCUGAAGAUUCUGAAUGA